AUGAUCGCGAUCUACAAAACCCAGGGCCUGACGGAGGAGGAGGCCCUCGUCGUCACGCGGAUCUUCGCCAAGGACAAGACCCUCUUCGCGAACCUGAUGAUGGUCGAGGAGCUGGGGUACUCCCGCCUGACCCCGCCGAGGCUGUCCGAGGCGGCCGUCAACGUCGGGGUCCCGACCGUUCUCGGCUUCGUCGCCGGGGUGUUCAUCCCGAUCAGUUCGUUGUUUCUUCAGCGCUCGCUACGCCGGCCCGGCGGAGGGGCGGCGGCGGGGGAUUUUGGCGAUUCCCGGGCCCAUCGCCUGACGUCGUUGCUCCCACGCCCGCUCGUUCGGUUUUUGGGGGAGCUCACCUUGGCGGCGUGUUGUGCAAUCCUGGGCGCCCUCAACACGGAGGUCUUUUUCGGGGCCUACUCCCACUUCAAGUUGCGCAUGAAGCUCAUCGCGAUGAGCCUGGCGGGCGCGGGAAGCGUCUACGCCUUGAGUUUUAUCACUACCAAAUGCUUUUGA